GGCUCUCAGUUGUUGUCCAACUGCCGUCACGUCCAACUAAAAGUGUCCACAAAUUCUGUGCCUUUGCACUGCAGCACACUUUAUUUGACUUUCGAAAUCGAUACGGAACGGUUGUGUAUAAUUUUCUACUUGUCCAAGAAAGCUUAAACUAAAAUAAACAAGAUGUCGCUUUUAACCGGCAGCGCCAAUGCGGUGAAAUACACGCUCUUUGGAUUUAAUUUGAUCUUUUUGAUCACCGGCAUUAUUCUGAUUGCCGUGGGAGCUGGCGUUGGAGCCGUCUACACGGGCUAUGAGCUCUUCCUGGCCGGCAAGUUCUUCUCGAUCCCCACGUUCCUGAUCGUGAUCGGAUCGUUCAUCAUCCUGAUCUCGUUCUUCGGCUGCUGGGGUGCCCUGAAGGAGAACUACUGCCUGGUGCUCAGCUUCUCGAUCAUGCUGGCCAUCAUCUUCAUCCUGGAGCUGGCUGCCGGAAUCAGUGGCUAUGUGCUGCGCAACGAUGCCUCCAAGCUGAUCGAAACAUCGCUGACCAACUCGCUGAAGGAGUAUAAUACCUUUAAUCGGAACCCGACCACUCGCCUCUGGGACGAUGUGCAGCGGGACUUCCACUGCUGCGGAGUGAACGGCUUCGCGGACUGGAAUACGGUCUAUCCCAACGGCUCGCUGCCCAUCUCGUGCUGCAGCAUUCCGGUGGGUGCGGCGGGCACCUUCAACUGCACCGCUAGCACCAGCAGCGUGGAAGACCGCAACGAGAACGGAUGCCUCGACGGCUUCUCCCAAUACAUUGCCGCCCACGCGGUCAGCUUGGGGGCGGCGGGCGUGGUCAUUGCCAUCCUGCAGUUCUUCGGUGUAAUCUUUGCCUGUUAUAUUGCACGUGAGAUCAAGAUCCGUAACGGCAUUACUGGCUUUAUCUAAGUCCAGAAAAACUCGAUUCUGUGAGUUUCGGAAAAGGUGCUAGAGGAGCCAAAUCCCGCUGUUUAUUUUUAAGACAUUGCUAAAUUCUAUGGAUGUUUUUAGUUUAAUAUUGACUUUUUCUUCUGCUUAAAUGAUUAAAGAUACACACUUAUAAACAAAGUUUUCUACUUUAAAGGGUUUAAACUAAUAUGUAUUUUAUACGUG